CGCAUUUUAGUACUCCCCUUUUCCCAAAUCACCGGUUUUUGAGCCCUAAUUUUUGCUCCACCGCCAAAAACACUCUUUCCGGCGCCAACGCCGCCUCCGCCUCCGCCGCCAGCUCGCAAACAUGAGGUCAUCUCCGGCGUACUACAACGGAUGCGAGCACGAGAGCUUCCAGCCUCAUUUCCUCGAUUCCUGCUUCCUCUGCAACAGAGCUCUCAACCACAACAGCGACAUCUUCAUGUACAGAGGAAACACACCGUUCUGCAGCCAGGAGUGCAGGCAGGAACAGAUCGAAAUGGACGAAGCGUCGGAGAAACGAUGGGAAGUUCCGGCGACGAAGAGAUCGAGAACAGUCAGGCAGAACGGAGAUGGAGCUAAGAAAUCCGUACGGACGGGCACCGUUGCCGUGUCGUGAAAGUCAUUAAAGAUAAGAGUAAUUCAGAUUGAUAGAAUAAUUUUUUAAAUUAUAAAAAAUAAAAAAGAAAAUUAGAAAGAAAUUCUGAUAAGUUUCUUUGGAAUUGGAUCGAUCAUCAUCAUGAGAUUGAUGAAUUUGGAAGAGAAGAGAGAUUGAGAUUAAUUAGUGAGUCCAUCCAACAAUUUUGGGUGUUUUUGUGUAUUAAUUUGUGAGUAUUCCUCUUAUGAUUGGGACAAUUGAGAGGACUUAAUCGACAAGAAUUCUUCCAUUUAUGUACAUACAAGAACUACCCCUCUGGUUUUCAUUGUUAAUUUUGACUGUCAGGUCAAUAUUUUGUACUUUUUUUCGAUAUAAUUUACAUUCC